GCGGAGGGACCUGGCGGAGCGGAAGUCACUCCGUGAGGCAGUGGCGACGGCGGCGGCGAGAGGAUGAACAACAAGUUCGACGCACUGAAAGAUGACGACAGUGGGGACCAUGACCAGAAUGAAGAAAACAGCACACAGAAAGAUGGUGAGAAGGAAAAAGCAGAACGAGACAAGAGUCAGAGCAGCAGCAAGAGGAAGGCUGUUGUCCCUGGGCCAGCAGAGCACCCCCUGCAGUAUAACUACACUUUCUGGUACUCCAGGAGAACCCCCGGUCGUCCCACUAGCUCACAGAGCUACGAACAGAAUAUCAAACAGAUUGGCACCUUUGCCUCUGUGGAGCAGUUCUGGAGGUUUUAUAGCCACAUGGUACGUCCCGGGGACCUGACAGGCCACAGCGACUUCCAUCUCUUCAAAGAAGGAAUUAAACCCAUGUGGGAGGAUGAUGCAAAUAAAAAUGGUGGCAAGUGGAUUAUUCGGCUGCGGAAGGGCUUGGCAUCCCGUUGCUGGGAGAACCUCAUCCUGGCCAUGCUGGGGGAACAGUUCAUGGUUGGGGAGGAGAUCUGUGGGGCUGUGGUCUCGGUCCGGUUUCAGGAGGACAUUAUUUCCAUUUGGAAUAAGACUGCCAGCGACCAGGCCACCACAGCCCGCAUCCGAGAUACCCUGCGGCGCGUGCUUAACCUACCUCCCAACACCAUUAUGGAAUACAAAACCCAUACCGACAGCAUCAAGAUAAUUCCACUGAACAGUACAUCCUCCCCUGUCUGCCCCUCAGCCCGCUUUUGCAUGCCUUUGUGACCUGUCAGCCUCAGUCGUUAUCUUUGUCCUGGGAAAUUGACUUCUCAGCAGAAAUGCUGGCUCCAUUUCCUUGCGUCUAGAGCUGGGAUGGUGGAGGAAGCCACACAGCGUGCUUGUGAGAGCAGAACCUAAGGGGAGCCCACAUGCUGAGGGGGAGCAGGCGCUGCGGUCCACCUGCGACUCGGGGACGUGGAGCUGGACGUCCACAAACAGGAGUCACUGGCCUUCAGUGACCGAAUGUCAUAGAUAAAUUCGGGUUAUCAUGAAGACGCUGGGGGCAGUGAGGGUUAGAGUUUUCUCACAGCUGGAGGGAGAGCUGGCCAGCUAAGAGUCAGGAGCGGGAGGUUAGUUCUCUCCUUGGUGUGCCUUUGGCAAGUCUCUGCCCCUCUGCUUCAGUUUCCCACCUGUGAGGUGGGAGAGGGUCAUGCUUGGCCGGACAGGGUUUUUGUGAGGCUGAUGUAGUCUUGGUAAUUGGAGGUCCUCGAGGGUGCUCUCAGGAGCCUCGCAUUCCCGUUGCUCUCAUCAUCAUCCUUAGCAACGAGCUCAUCGUCAUGCCGGCUUAUUAACCGCAUUCCUAGUCAGGAGCCCAGCGAUGGUGUUCGGCAGGCAGACCAUUUGGGAAGUGUUCCCCUUGCAUAUACGGCUAAGGUUGGGGGUGGAACUGGCUUAAACCAGCUAAGUGCCAGUUUUUAACUGGAGGUGCUUCGUAUCCCAUGGCUGGGCGUGGCUCGUUGAGCCACCCGCAGUGAGUAGCCAGCCUUGGCCCUGGUGGCCUUGGCAGUCCUGGGUCCACAUUGUUUUUCUCAAGGCAGAUUUUUCCUAUUCUUUGUUCUGGAGUACAAGCAGCUUCUGCCCUCCAGCCAUAUUCAGUCCAGGCUGGAGAGAUGCACACCUGCUUUUUCUAGGACUCUUAUGUUCAGGGUUCCCAAACGCCCCUCCCACCCUGUCCACCCAGAUAGCAGAGGGAAAGGGGUAUUUUUCCACUCUCCCCUCUCCACUGUUCUCCCUCUCUGAUGCCCUGAAGCCAUUCUUCCUGACUUUUCUGGAAAUGAGCACAAGUCCUUACAGAGUCUAGGAGAACCUGUGGGCCUUUUGCCUUAGUCUGCUGCUCGCUGCUCUGUGCAGAGGUCUGCCUAGUCCUCCAGCCCUGCAGCUCCAGGGACCAGAAGACCCUCCUUGAUACCCAGAUGCUCCUUUUCCCUCGCGUCUCCCUCUCUUUCUCUCCCAAUGUGCCAAUCUUUUGCACUUC